AUGGAUGAGGAUGAAAGGGUAGUUGUUAAAGAUUAUUGUAAAGGUAUUGGAGGAUUUGAUAAAAUCGGUGUGAUAGUUACUGUAUUUGUAAAUUCGAAAAUUGAAAAACUAAAAAUUUUAACAAUGAUAUGGACAUGCUUGUUUGGUUUAUUACUUGGCUUACAUACAGUGUCUUCAUACAAAGAUUGUCAAAAUGAAGAUUUUAAUGAUACAGAACCGCCAUCAGUGUAUCCAUCUCUAAGUGAAUUUAUAUCAUUGUCUCAAGGAAAAUCAUGUCGAAUUAGAAUAAAUUGGAAUUUACCAUUCAUCCUUCAAUCGGGUGCAUUAAACACACAAGUACAAUGGGAACUCAUUCGAAAAAUCGACUUACAUAACAAUCAAAUUUCGGAAGUACAACAUGAUCCAUUUGCUCAAAGUGGUGUUUGUUUAGUUAUCUUAGACUUAAGUCAUAAUGUUAUUUCUAUUAUUAAAAAUAACGCAUUUUCUGCAUUACGAUACUUACAAAAAUUGGAUUUAAGUUAUAAUAACUUAGCUGAAUUAAAUAACAAAGCAUUUGCAUCAACCAAUCAGAUUGAUUUUAUUAAUUUAAGUAACAACAAAUUCAAAACAAUUGACAAUUUAACAACCUUAAAAAGUAUUACUGUUUUGAAAUUGGCAAAUAAUCAAUUAAAAUUACAUUCUGGUAUGUUUAAGAACUUUCCAAUAUUAUUAGACUUAGAUUUAUCGGGGAAUAAGAUUUCAUACAUCCCACCAGAUUGUUUUAAAGGAAUUAUACAUCUCAAAAACUUAAGUUUAGGUUUUAAUCAAUUACAUACAUUUGAAAUUAAAAUUUUUUCAUCUCUACCUCUUCUAAAAUUCUUAAACUUAUCCUCGAAUCUCUUAUCAUCGACUGAGUUAACCAACAAAAAUGUAUUUCGGCAACUUCGGUAUAUUAAUACACUUUUAUUGGAUGGCAAUACAAAAUUAACUGACUUAAAUGUAACAAGCUUAAAAAAUAUUUUUCCAAAAUUAUUAUAUCUUGGAGCUGACGAAAUUCCAUGGAGCUGUGAUGGCUUAACAAAAUUCAUAAAUGAUUGCCAAAGUCUUGAAAUUAAUAUUAUUUCAAAAAAUGUGGUUCUUUCCACAAAUGCUAUUCAUGGAACUUCGUGUAGUGAAGAAAAUACAACCGAUCAUAAUAAUUUCAAAAAACUUGUUAACGAAACAGUUUCGAAAACAGCAUCAACUCAAAAAAAUGCACAAACUAAAAAUGUAUUCUUAGUCAUCGAAUAA